AUGGAGAUGUCCCCAUAUAGACAUGUUAUAACAGAGAAAACAAGGUCAAGAAAAACCAGAAGAGCGUGGAAGUUGAAGCUUAAUGUCACUUGGCAGUCUAUCAAGAAGGCAGUAAGUUGCAACAUCAAGAAACGUCUUCGUCUGCAUCUUCAUUUAAGCUGUGCAAGAAGCACCACUAACCAAAUCCACCGACAGUCAGCUGUUAAACCACAUCAAGAUGCAAAAUCAAAGAAGAAGGCCUGCCAUCCCAACACAACUCUAGCUCACCUCCUCCGUGCGCCAUAUACAGCAAUGGAUUUUGUAGACCGAGGAGAUCACAUGACUCCUACACUAUCUCCCAGGCAGAAUAUAUCAGCAAUGUGGCAAGAAAUCCAUGGCUCAUCCAACUGGGAGAACCUUCUUGACCCUCUGCACCCCUUUCUUCGACGAGAAAUUCUCAAAUACGGAGAAUUUGUUGAAGCCACGUAUGAUGCCUUCGACUUUGAUCCUUUAUCAGAGUAUUGUGGGAGUUGCAGGUAUAACCGACAUAAAAUUUUUGAAACAUUAGGCCUCACCAAGCAUGGUUACAAGGUGAAAAAGUACAUUUACGCCUUGUCCCAUGUAGAUGUGCCUGAAUGGUUAAAGAGAUCCCAUACUAUGUGGAGCAAAGAUUCGAAUUGGAUGGGUUAUGUUGCUGUAAGCAGAAAAGAAGAAUCGCAGAGAAUCGGCCGGAGAGACAUAAUGGUCGCAUGGCGGGGCACGGUGUCACCAUCAGAGUGGUUUAAGGACCUCACCACAAGUCUAGAACACAUUGACAACGCAAAUGUUAAAGUUCAAGAAGGAUUCCUUAGCGUUUACAAAUCCAAGGAUGAGUUGACCAGGUAUAACAAGCUAAGUGCCUCUGAGCAAGUUAUGCAAGAAGUGGUAAGAAUGGUGAAUUUUUAUAAAGGAAAGGGUGAAAAGGUCAGCUUGACAGUUACAGGCCAUAGCUUAGGAGGCGCAUUGGCUCUCCUCAACGCUUAUGAGGCUGCAACUGUCAUUCCUGAUCUAUUUGUUAGCGUCAUUUCUUUUGGCGCACCAAGGGUUGGAAACAUCGCCUUCAAGGAGAAGCUCAAUAAAUUAGGGGUCAAGACCCUACGCGUUGUCGUCAAGCAGGAUAUAGUCCCAAAACUGCCAGGCUUGUUGAACAAAAUGCUUAACAAUUUUCAUGGACUCACCGGAAAGUUGAAUUGGGUUUAUAGGCAUGUGGGAACUCAAUUGAAGCUCGAUGCCUUCAUUUCACCUUACUUGAAGCAUGAAUCUGACUUGUCGGGUUCUCAUAACCUGGAGCUAUAUCUUCACCUGAUAGAUGGAUUUGAGAGCAAGAAAUCCAAGUAUCGAUGGAAUGCUAGGAGAGAUUUGGCAUUGGUGAACAAGACUAGUGACAUGCUGAUAGAGGACCUUAAAAUACCAGAGUUCUGGUACCAGUUUCCAUACAAGGGACUCAUAUUGAACAAAUAUGGUAGAUGGGUUAAACCUGGCAGACUGCCCGAAGAUAUCCCUUCUCCACUCAGUAUCGAAACACCACCGAAGCAUGGUCACCCAUUUUAG